CACUUUUCUUGGUCGUCGCCAGCAACGAACAUACACUGUUUGUACAUAGAGGAACCAGCAGUUUGGCCAGUCAGAGCCUGACAAAAGCGAUUUUAUAAAGCUGUACGUCAUGUGCUGAGUUUCCACAUCUGGUUUUAUACGGCCCUAGGUAGACGCGUAGCCGUCUUCUGUCGGCAUGAAUCUCGGGGACGGCCUGCUUUUUGAACUUGAAAAUGGAAAACCCAAGUUGAUUUUGCUCAGUCAUGGUGUUGAUAAAAAUCCAGCAAAGCUGUCCUUCAGGCCUGGAGCAGCAAACAUCCUCAGCUGCCGGCAGACCUCCUGUGUGUCAGAUGUACAGGGGGAGGAGCGUCCACCCCGACAGCUGGCAAUGAGGCACAGAGGGGCCAGGAGUAAGGCAGGAGGAGCAGGUGCAUCUGUCACCUCCAAUACUGAAGGGAAGAGUGCCAGCUUGACUUCAAUGAAAACACAUGAUCAUCACAAAGUUGGCAUCGUCAAAGCUGUGGCCAAGGUAAAGUCAGACAGGCAGAAACACAGUAUUACUCUUGGGCCCCUGAGAGCCGGUGAGAAAACGGGGCAAGCGGGAAACACUAGGACUCGAGGAGCUGGAAAGGCAGGAUUUAAAGACCCAGCAGCCAGUAGGGAUGCAGCACUGAAGGACAGCAUGGUGUGUCUGACCAGUGAGCAGCUGCAGCACAUCCUCAGCACUGUCCAGACCUCCAACAAUAUGCAGCACCCACCAGAGGAUGACAAGACUCAAGGAAGCAAUGGAAAUCAAACAAGCUCAAAAUCUGGCUACUCACAGAAUGAAGGAGGAGGAGGCAAUAUGAGGGAGGAAGACAGAGGAGGAGGAGGGGAGGGAAUAAAGAAAGGAGAUGGAGAAGGAACAGAUUCAAUGGGACCCUCACAACAGAAAGACAACAAGUUGUCUGGAGGUAUGUUCAGCUGGCUGGAAGAGCGACAGUCAGACAGCAAGGCAGCCAUCGAAGCUAAGAAGGCUCAGUGGAAGAAAGAACUCGGAGGUCACUCCGAUGGAGGAGGAGAUGCUAAGUGUGGAGAGGAGAGAAGAGCAGAAGAGGUGCUGGUUGGAGGAGCUGGACCGUCAGAGAGAGGAGAUGACUGAGCGCAGGAGACGAGAGAAAGUGCUGCAGAGUCAGGCGGAGGACCACGAGCUCUGGGCUACACAUUUUGACUCGCUGCAGAGGAGGCCGCCUGUCCAGCCUGCAGUUCCAUCAGCGCUGCCACCGGCUCAGUUCAGCAGCUCUGAUCGGGGCGAGUGGGAGCCCUUGUCAAGCCUUUCCCUCAUCUGGGAUGCUACGAGCAGCUGUGGAGCAGACAGUGUCGCAGGAAACAGUGUGGAUACAACCCGUGGGUACCCAACCAGGGCCAGCUAUCUGAGGACCAUGACCUCCCUGUUGGAUCCUGCCCAGAUGGAGGAGAGAGAGCGGAGGAGGCUAAAACAGCUUGAACAGCAGCGAGCUAUCGAAGCCCAAGUGGAGGAGCGUCGUCUGCAAAGGGAACGAGAGGAGGCGAAGAGGAGACAGGAGGAGGAGGAAGAAGAGAGGAGGGUGGUGCUGGAAAGGGAAAUGCUGCAGAGACAGUAUGAGAUGGACACACUGAAGGAGAGGGAAAAGGAGCAAUCGAUCAAUCAGGAGGAGCAGCUAAAAAAAAGCAGCCAUGAUGGCAGAUUGCAUCAGGAACUGGAGUCCAACGCAGUUACCAGGCAGGCUGAAGAUUUGGAGGACACCAGCACUUCGGGUUCCUCUUACAAAGACGCUGCUGUACAGACAGAAGCUGCUCCUUCUCUGCCGCUCAGAGCUCAGACUCCAGAUGUCUCAGCGCAGCCUCCUCCAUCUCUGCCCACCGCUGCUCCUCCUCCAAACAGCAGGAGCAGAGCGUUGAGAACAGGGAAGGAGAACAUUUGUCUGCCAGCAGGAGGAGACCCAUAUGAGCCGUUUGCCAGGACAGAGAAGAGCAGGAGGGACAAGAGGAGACCUGAGUGGAACACUCAGAGGCCAAACCGUCAAUUCGUUCCAGCCUCAGAGCGUUACCCAGCUGCUCUGCAGAGGAACAGACAGGAGAGUCGACUAAAGAGGCAAGCUGAGCUCCUCGCUCUGCAGGAGAGGACCUGUCUGCCGAGGACCGACCCUCCUCUUCCUCCUCCACCCCAGGAGCUUCGCCUGUGCCCUGACAUCAUGCAAACCAGAACCAGUCCCACCAGGAAGGUGGAAACCAACUCCAGAGGGCACAUCAUUUCCACAGGCUUAAACGCUGAAAGAGGGCGCUCUCCUCCUGUCCCUGCAGUCAAACACAAAGCGCAGAGUCAGCAUGCCUCCAAUACUCUUCCUCUUGUCUCGGAGUUCAUUCCUUACGUCAGGACUAAUGAAGUCUUCAACCUGGACCCUCUGGAGCCCGCUGACACUCCUCCACCCCUCACACACUCAGGAGCGCCUCCUCCAUCACAUCGAGACCCCCUCCUCCACCCAGAGCUGCUUCGUAACACCCACAUACACCGACAGCAGGAGAUCCUCAGAGGCCUGGCUCAGCUCCGCCAGGGUUUGUUACUGAAGCAGCGGGAGCUAGAGUCAGAUCUGAAUCCUUCCCGGAAGCAUCGCGACGAGCACCGGAUUCCCUCGACAUCACACCGCACGUGACCUCCGACCUGUGUCAAAUAAAACCUCAGCACUCUCAUGUGAGUGCAUUUAUUUUGAUACUACAGAGUCCUUCAGACUUGAUGACCUCAGGAGGUCCAACCCUUGAGGGGACAGAUGAUCAGCGUACUAAAAUGUCACAAAUCAGCAGUUGACUCCCCUGCACCUAUGACCAGGAGAUACAGUUUAGUUUAACAGUGAAACAGUAACAAUCUAACAAUGAGUUCAAGCAGAAUAACCCCUGAAUGAGUCACUGAGUGUAAUUCUCCAUAAACUCUUCUUCCCACUGCACAAAAAGGAAGAGUAAAUAUUCCCGAGAUGGUUGUAGCUCUCAUGAGCUGCUCUUUUAUAAAAAAACCCAAAUUAAAUCAUUAUUUUUCUUAAUAUUACAUUUAUUUAACAUUGGGGACACAGCGAAGUUUAAAUUCUGUUAAAGCUGAAAGCUGAAAUUGCAAUGUUCCUUGUCUACUAGCAGGAUUCUUGAAAAUGUUCUGGUUGGAUAGGCAUACAAAGUUUGCCCUUUUCUUGGGGGUCAUUCUAAACCAGGGAAAUUUUUUUUUCCCCCCUGGUUUAUAAUAGUCCUUAAAAAAAAAAAAGCCUUUAAAAAAAAAAAAAACAAAAAAAAAAAAAAAAGCCAGGAGAUGGAGUACUGAACUACAGGUGUCAUGUUUUAAGCACAAAAAAAGGAAAAUGGUAAUAAAACAGAGUUUAAAAAAAAAAAAA